AUGGUCAGUGCAACAGUCAUAAAUGGGGAAAAAACAAAAUGCACAGUGGAUCAAGAUGCUACAUUAAUAUCAAUGGAAAGAUCCGUCAACAAUCGAAAAUACCCAAAUGGAUACAAAACUUUUGCCUGCGAUUAUGCUGUUAUACAGAUGUUGUCCUUAGUGGUCCUCGCUGUCAUGUUAACUCUUCUCGGUCUUUUUGUUUACCAACUAUUUGAUUCAAAAUUGGAGAAACAAAGAUACGAACAAAUGUUCAAUGACUUCAUCCUGAAGUACGACCGUAGAUACCCGUCCUUGGAAGAAUUUCAGUACCGCUAUCAGGUAUUCUUGCAAAAUGUGAAAGAAUUCGAAGCGGAAGAGGCAAAACAUUUUGGAUUGGAUCUUGAUGUAAACGAAUUUACUGAUUGGACUAAUGAAGAGUUGCAAAGAAUUGUUUAUGACAACAAGAACGUUAAGACGGAUGGCUCCGAGGAAGUGAGAUUUGAGGGUAGCUAUUUGGAGUCAGGAGUUAAACGACCAGCUUCAAUUGACUGGAGAGACCAAGGAAAGCUGACUCCAAUUAAAAAUCAAGGACAAUGUGGUUCGUGUUGGGCAUUCGCUACGGUAGCUGCCGUGGAAGCACAGCAUGCCAUUAGGAAGAAUCAGCUAGUCUCACUGUCCGAACAAGAAAUGGUUGAUUGUGAUGACAAAAACAAUGGAUGUAGUGGAGGAUACCGUCCAUAUGCUAUGAGAUUUGUGAAGGAAAACGGGUUGGAAUCUGAAAAGGAGUACCCAUACUCUGCUUUGAAGCAUGACCAGUGCAUGUUGAAGCAAAAUGAUACCAGAGUGUUCAUUGAUGACUUUCGAAUGCUAUCUCAAAACGAAGAGGAAAUCGCCAACUGGGUUGGUACUAAAGGACCAGUUACUUUUGGAAUGAGCGUUACCAAGGCCAUGUACAGCUAUCGUUCUGGAAUCUUCAACCCAUCCGCUGACGACUGUGCAGAAAAAUCAAUGGGAUCACAUGCAUUGACUAUUGUCGGUUAUGGAGGAGAAGGAGAGGCAGCAUUUUGGAUUGUCAAAAACUCUUGGGGCACAUCUUGGGGUGCUAGCGGAUAUUUCCGAUUGGCUCGAGGAGUGAAUAGUUGUGGAUUGGCAAACACCGUUGUGGCUCCAGUAAUCAACUAA